UCGCGUUUCUAGUGACGUGUACCUUCUUUUUGUUAAGAAAUAAAAGCCGCAUCUCACCGCUUCUCUAUACUUAGUUAAAAAAGACCAAAUCAAUCUGAAAGAUAAACAGCAGAGCGACACGUAAGCGCUACGCACAUAAAAAACAGAAUGCGACAGCUGUCGACCAUUUUAAUACUGGCUUUCAUAGCCGGCUCAGCCUAUGGCUUCUAUUCCCCCUCAGACGGCGUUGUGGAACUGACGUCCUCCAAUUUCGAUCGGGAGGUGUUGAAAGACGACGCCAUCUGGGUUGUGGAGUUCUAUGCCCCGUGGUGCGGUCACUGCCAGAACCUGGUGCCGGAGUACAAGAAGCUAGCCAAGGCUCUCAAGGGAGUGGUUAAAGUGGGCUCCGUUAACGCUGAUGCCGAUAGCAGUCUAGGCGGACAGUUUGGUGUACGUGGCUUCCCCACCAUCAAGAUUUUCGGCGCCAAUAAAAAGACGCCCACUGAUUACAAUGGCCAGCGGACGGCAAAGGCAAUUGCGGAGGCGGCGCUAGCGGAAGCGAAGAAGAAGGUGCAGGCUGCUUUCGGCGGUGGUUCCAGCUCAUCCGGCGGCGGUUCCAGCUCAUCCGGCGAUGAUGUCAUUGAACUUACGGAAGACAACUUCGACAAGCUGGUUCUCAACUCUGACGACAUCUGGCUGGUGGAGUUCUUUGCCCCGUGGUGCGGCCACUGCAAGAAUCUGGCCCCCGAAUGGGCUAGCGCUGCCAAACAGCUCAAGGGCAAGGUCAAGUUGGGCGCCCUCGACGCCACCGCCCACCAGAGCAAGGCCGCCGAGUACAAUGUACGCGGCUAUCCCACUAUUAAGUUCUUCCCGGCUGGAUCCAAGCGUGCCAGCGAUGCUGAGGAGUACAGUGGUGGACGCACUGCCUCUGAUAUUGUGUCCUGGGCUAGCGACAAGCAUGUGGCCAAUGUCCCAGCUCCCGAGCUGAUCGAAAUCACCAACGAGUCGACCUUUGAUAGCGCUUGCGAGGGCAAGCCUCUGUGCGUGGUGUCCGUGCUUCCCCACAUUCUGGACUGCGAUGCCAAGUGCCGUAACAAGUUCCUCGACAUUCUCCGCACCCUGGGAGAGAAGUACAAGCAGAAACUCUGGGGCUGGGCCUGGGCCGAGGGUGGUCAGCAGCCGGCACUCGAGGAAUCCCUGGAAGUGGGCGGAUUCGGCUAUCCUGCCAUGGCAGUUGUUAACUUCAAGAAAAUGAAAUUCUCCGUUCUGAAGGGUUCCUUCUCCAAGGACGGCAUCAAUGAGUUCCUGCGCGACAUCUCCUACGGACGCGGCCAUACGGCUCCCGUUCGUGGCGCCAAGAAGCCCGAUAUCGUUUCCGUGGAUCCCUGGGAUGGUAAGGACGGCCAGCUACCCACCGAAGAGGACAUCGAUCUUAGCGACAUCGACCUGGACGACGUUGCUAAGGAUGAGCUGUAGGAGAUUAAUCUCAUACACCCCUUAUACCAUCAAGACUGUGCGGCUCAAGCUCAACUUUCCACUUACCGAUAAAGAACAUACUUGCAUUCUGAAUGAUAAUGAUAUUCUUAGGUCAGCCAGCGUAUCUAAAUCUAAAUAUAAAUAAUAUUACGAGUACUAUACUAGCACGUUUUUUGUCCUACCAAUCCUCAAAUAGAUUGUAUAGAAUUGAAACCAUCGAACAUAUGAAUUUUGUACCACGAAUUGAAUAAACUGUGUAACAAAAAGUGGGAAUUAUUUAAAUGA